GAGACAUUCACACAGUGUCUGUUCCACACUGAAAGAGACGUUUCUCCCUCACCAUUUCAUCUCUAGUCUCUACUGUACGUAUUCCUGAAUCCUGCUUGUCAUCCGUUGUAUUUCAACCCUUUUGAAUUCAUUAUCCUCCUCUUUUAGUCUCUAAAGAUAGAGAUGGAGAGUGGCAAGAGAGCAGAAGCAGGGCCAUCAACCGUCGUCGGUGGUGGUGGUGGUGGCGUCGGCGGCGGCGAGAAGCAAGAGAGACAGAAGGAAAUGAAUGAGAAACCCUCUAGUGAAGUGUGUGCUGAUCAUGAAGAAGAAGAUGAAGAAGAUGAUGAUGAAAAGGAAGAUGGAGGGCUUGUUGCUGGUUUUGUCCCUGGACCUCUUGUUUCUCUCAAGGAACAGAUUGAGAAAGACAAGGAUGAUGAGAGUUUAAGAAGGUGGAAAGAGCAGCUUCUUGGGAGUCUUGAAGGAGAUUUAAAUGAGCAAAUGGAGCCUGAAGUCAAAUUCCACUCUAUAGGAAUUAUUUCUGAUGAAUUAGGGGAAAUUGAUACUCCCUUGCCUGUUGAUGCAAAUCAGAGUGGCCGUGUUCUGUUUACUUUAAAGGAGGGAUCUCAAUAUCGCCUUAAGUUAACAUUUAGUGUUCUGCAUAACAUCGUUUCUGGCCUAAGCUACUCCAAUACUGUGUGGAAGGCUGGACUCCAAGUUGAUCAAAGCAAAGGAAUGUUGGGUACUUUUGCUCCUCAGAGGGAACCAUACGUGCACACUUUGGAUGAGGAGACAACACCCUCUGGUGUCCUUGCAAGAGGAAUUUACUCGGCAAUUCUUAAGUUUGAAGAUGAUGACAGAAGAUGCCAUAUGGAGCUCAAAUACUCCUUCGAAAUUAAGAAGAACAGCUAGCCAGAUUUCCUGAGUCCUUUUAAUCUCACCCCCCCACGCCACCCUCCCGCCCCUUUUUUUUUUUGUUUUUUGUUUUUUGUUUUUAUGGAACCACAUAUUGUUUGUGAAAUAUGGACAUCAUUUCAAUUGAUGUUGUGUGACCAUGGGACAAUGUUAUCUUUUCCUCUGGAUUUUUUCUCUUGAGGCAUCCUCUUCCAAAUGGCUGGAUUAUAUCUUGGGUAACAUGACUGCUCAGCCAAGUGCCAAUGACUCUUGGAGCCUAUAACGAACGCAAAACGUGAAGAUUGCGGUUAAAUUGUUCUAUAAUCUGAAGGGAACUGUUCUUGUGUGGUGUGUUAGGAUUGAUUCAGGAGAUGACAGUCAACUGCCAUUACUACUCAACUCAUAUCAAGUCAUCGACAAGUAUAGAAGAUCGCAUACAAAGAAAGGAACAUUGUAUUAAUCUCUGUAACGAAGGGUCGGUGCUAAUACAGCUCAUUCAUUUAUCAAUUGGCGACGAAGACUAUCAUGCAACUGCAUGCACAUCUCGGUUUGAGGUGCCACUCGUCCAACCAAUACUAAUAUACUUUCAUCGGUCUAAAAUCCAAACCAUGUUAGCCAAUGCAAGAACAAAUCUCUACUUGUUCACCAAUGGUUUCAGGACCAUGGUGUAUAUGCGAUGCUGCCAGAGAAAAGAGAUGCUAUAAAUGGGUUGUGUUGCGGAAACUGCAAGAAAAAAGUUGAAAUCUUUCUGGCCUGGUUUCGCUCUGCAAUUUGGAAGAGAGAGAUCCAAAGGAAGAAGCUUUGCAUGAUAAACAAAGAAUGAGUGGGCAGCAACAAUCAAUUGGCUAGACUGUAACUAAAUCUCCUGAUUUGCAUAUGGUACAAAACUAUGGAAUGUUUUAUGCAGCCAAAACUUGUUGGGUACCUGAGAUAACAAAAUUGAAAGAUUAGU